UUCAAUCGCGCGCUCCGAGCUUGCUCCGAGAGCGCGAGACGAAAGUCGCGGUGAUCGGUGAUCGAAGCAGUUCCGUCAUCGCGAUCGAUCGCGAGAAAACGUAACCGACGGCUCCUGUUUAGAUCGCAGUGGUUCGACGAAAGGUCGACGAAAUGAUUAUCUGGAUAGAUGAGCGAGCGACGAGAUCGACUUGAUCUCCCGACUUCGAUCGAUUCCCAAGCGGGGAGUUGUCCGCCAUCGGUUGAACCCUUGGAGCGAGACCGGCUGUCUCCGCGUGACUCGCGUGCAACACGUGUCUCGUGAUGGAAUCGUAAAUGAAUGUCGAAUGCAUUCGGAUAUGGGAAACGAGCUGAUCCUUCGGUGAAGCGACCGCUGGAGAACAUCGUGCGGCGAAUACGUGACAGUUACGGAUAAAUUACGACAUCAGGCGGCACGAUUCGAUAUACGUGGGUCUUUCUUGUCGUUGAAGGGACUGUCUAAGUCCGAAAUCUUAAGGAAACCUUCGAUCACGGGGUGUUACCUGACGCUUCGACGUCGUGGAAGAGGUAUCGCGUACGCGAGUUUCCUCGGAGACGGAGACACCAACACGAUUAUCCGUAUCGGACUGUUGACGCAAAACGCGACUUUUGUCAGACGUGACUCGUUGGAUGUGACGAACAUCGCAGUCGCGUCACCCCAGACUCGAAUGCGCCUAGAAAUGCCCCGGGUGAGGUCGAAAAGAAACUAAAAUGUGGAGGUAAGCCGGCCAGGUGGGCGUAAACAUUCGCGAGUGACUCGCCUUCGAGUCGACCGCGAGUCGGGAAGAUGCGGCGCGACGUGUAAUCGUCAGCCGGACGACAGUUUCGACGACAACAAGGAGGUCCGCGACGAUGGCAUCGCGGACGAGAAAGUGGUGUUUCGCGAGUGGUGUCUUGGUGCGGCUGACACUGACUUUAUCGGGCUUGUGCGCCAGUCGUUGCGCCGUGACGAUGCCGAGCGCGAAGGAGUGUAACAGCGCGUUGGUGCAGCCCAAGGGCGAGGUGAGGCUGGCGGUGAUCGCACCUGGCGACCCUCACCAUGAACAGAGUCUGCCGAGAGUGUUGCCGGCGGUGCUGUUGGCGGUGAGAUCCGUCAGCUCGCCCAAGGGACCCCUACCGGGAUGGAAGAUCAAGGUGGACCAUCGUGACUCGCAAUGCUCCAGCAUUUACGGGCCCCUGGCCGCAUUCGACUUCUACGUGAACCAGACAGCAGACGCCUUCCUGGGUCCCGUGUGCGACUACGUAAUCGCACCUGUGGCCAGGUACGCCGGCGUAUGGGGUAUCCCGGUGCUGACGGCGGGCGCUCAGGCGGAAGCGUUCCGUUACAAGGGCGAGUAUUUCCCGACGUUAACCAGGAUGAUGGGUUCCCAUCGUCUGGUGGGCGAGGCAUUGAGACACAUCCUCCGGCGUUUCGGAUGGAAAAUAGCCGGUCUGCUCUACCACAAUCACCCGAUGGCUAGCGGCAGGGGUAAUUCCGAGUGCCAUUUCACGCUCGGCGCCGUUUUCACGGCGCUCAACCAGACGCCGGUGCACCGGAGCUUCAACCAGGAGACCACUAUCGCCGAGGACUAUAGGAAUCUGCUCGCCUUCGUCUCGAAAUCCGCAAGGAUCGUGGUGAUGUGCGCUAAUUCAACGACCAUUCGGGAAAUAUUGCUAGCCGCCGAGGAGCUCGGAAUGGUGGACUCCGGGGAGUACGUGUUCUUCUCCAUAGAGCUCUCUUCCAGCGACAACAAUUCCAAAGAGCCAUGGAGGGUCGAAGACGACACCGACGAGAGAAACGAGAAAGCUCGGAAGGCUUAUCAGGCUCUGCUCACGGUGACGGCGCGCACGCCCGACAACCUGGAGUACCUCAACUUCUCGCGCGAGGUUAAAUCCUUGGCGCAAAGCAACUACAACUUCACCUUCGGCAACAGCUCGGUCUCCACCUUCGUCACGGCCUUUUACGACGCUGUGCUGCUUUAUGCCCUCGCCCUUAAGGAAAGCCUGCCGAAGAAGCCGGGUGAGGUCUACCUAGACGGCGGUAAUCUGACCCGGAGAAUGUGGGGAAAGAGUUUCAAGGGAAUAACCGGCGACGUGAACAUCGACGAGAACGGCGACAGGAUCGCGGAUUAUUCUCUCUUGGACAUGGAUUCGGAAACUUCCAAAUUCGAGAUCGUGGCCAAUUAUUACGGCGCGAAUAAAACACUGGAGUACAUAGCUGGGAAGCAAAUUCACUGGGCCGGUGGUCGUUUAGAACCGCCUCCGGAUACACCUACUUGUGGAUUCGACGGCUCGUUAUGUCCCGAUAAUUCUCUCCCGGGGUACGCCAUUCUCUCCAUUGUACUGAUGAGCUCCAUCGUGGUCGUUUUCAUCGUCGGCUCGAUAUUUGUUUAUCGGCGUUUCAGACUGGAGACGCAAAUUGCUUCUAUGACGUGGAAAGUGCAUUGGGACGACGUAAUGGUAUUGUCGAACGUGAAAACCAGGGGCUCCAUGUAUUCGCUGAUUGCGAAUAAGUUUCGCUACAGCCAAUUGACGAUAUAUUCCGAGGAUAACGCGAGCAUGCCGGAGGGCGUUGACAAAAACAACGUGUAUAUGCCGACGGGAUUAUACAAGAACUCGAAAGUGGCGAUAAAGGAGAUACCGCGGAACAAGGUGGAGAUCUCGAGACCUCUGUUGUUAGAAUUAAAGCGGAUGAAGGACCUCCAGCACGAUCAUCUAGUACGAUUCUACGGUGCUUGCCUCGAGCCGCCACACUGUUGCUUGCUGACCGAAUACUGUCCCAAAGGAUCUCUUCAGGAUAUACUAGAGAAUGACCAAAUCAAGCUGGACCACGUGUUCAAAAGAUCCCUGAUACAUGAUAUCGUCCGCGGUAUGGCUUAUCUUCAUGCGUCAGAGGUGAAGAGCCACGGCAAUCUCAAAUCAUCGAACUGCGUGGUCAACUCGCGAUUCGUCCUGAAAAUCGCCGACUUUGGUUUGCACGAGCUCCGCAGACCGAUGGAUACGGAUAUCGACAAGAACAGCUACGCCUACUGGAGAAAACAGCUGUGGACAGCUCCGGAGCUAUUGAGAAUGGAACGACGACCGCCCGAGGGCACUCAGAAGGGCGACGUGUACAGCUUCGCCAUAAUCGUUCACGAGAUCGUGAUGCGCCAAGGGCCAUUCUACUUGGGAGAGGAUAACGAACUCUCUCCACAAGAAAUAGUGGAGGGCGUCAGAAGAGGAGGCGGCUCGCCCCUCAGGCCUGUGAUUGACGAGGCUACCGUGGUAGAGGAAGAGGUGGCUACUCUAAUGAGACGAUGCUGGGCGCAAGAUUCCGCGGACAGACCGGAUUUCCCGGCGCUGAAGCAGACCAUUCGCAAACUUAAUAAAGACGCGAGCAGCAAUAUUCUCGACAAUUUGCUGUCCCGCAUGGAGCAGUACGCCACGAAUUUAGAAACGCUGGUGGAGGAACGCACGGCGGACUACCUCGAAGAGAAACGUAAAUGCGAGGAGCUGCUUUACCAGUUGCUGCCCAAAUCAGUGGCGUCCCAGCUGAUUCUCGGACAAAGCGUAAUCGCCGAGACGUACGACCAGGUGACAAUCUACUUCAGCGACAUCGUCGGUUUCACGAGCCUGUCAGCCCAGAGCACGCCGCUGCAGGUGGUCGAUCUGCUCAAUGAUCUCUACACGUGCUUCGACUCCAUCAUCGAGAACUUCGACGUUUACAAAGUGGAGACGAUAGGGGAUGCCUAUAUGGUCGUGUCGGGAUUACCAGUGAGGAACGGCAUGAAUCACGCCAGAGAGAUCGCGAGGAUGAGCUUAGCUCUCAGGGAUACGGUAAUGACGUUCAGCAUUCGCCACAGACCGAAGGAGCAACUGAAGCUACGGAUCGGCAUGCACUCCGGACCGUGCGUGGCCGGCGUCGUAGGCCUCAAGAUGCCCAGAUACUGCCUGUUCGGCGACACCGUCAACACAGCCUCCAGAAUGGAGAGUAAUGGAGAAGCAUUAAUGAUCCACGUCAGCCCGAAGACGAAGGAGAUCUUGGACACUUUCGGCACGUUCGAUCUCGUGUGCAGGGGAGAGGUCACGCUCAAGGGUAAAGGCACCAUGACCACUUACUGGCUGAUGGGCGAGAAGCCGAUCAACAACAACGUGCAGCAGACGAACCCCACGACGACGAUCGGCCAGAUAUCGUCGUCAGCGCAGGAUCAGCUGGCAGCCGGGACGCAGCUGUCGCCGACGCAGCCGAAGCAACAGGAGCAACGGACUCCAGUCGUUCGACACAAGCAUCAAGCUCACUCGGACCUUGAGGUCGUCUCCAGCGGCUGGCCAGACGCCCAGCAAUCGAUCCAGUCGAGGAACCAAGAGCCACCACGACUGGGUCACCCGGGUCAGCAGAGACCGCAGGAAUCGCAGCAGCUGCAGGCUUUAACGACGCAAGCACGGAGCCAAGCGACGCAGCUCAGCCGCCGGGCCGGCUCGGAGUCGCCGAUUUUGAACCAGAUCCAGCAGCAGAAAGCCGCGGCCAAUCCCGCUUGCGGUCUCUCCGUCACCGGGAACGGCGCGCCCAAGUCGUCCGUGUCGCCCCGCGGCGUGGCGACGGCGAGCCCGCUCGGCAGCUCGUCGCCGUCUCGCAACAGCGCCAGCAACCACCCCAUGCACCAGGUCUACCUAGAGGCCGAGAGUAUGCCCAAUCACACUGAGAGCGGCUCCAACGCGCCGCUCCUUCUGCCCGCGGGCGCGGUGCCCAGGGUUUAGCUCUCUCAAUGCGUCCGACCGCUCGGCCAACCGAGCGCGCCUUGCCAGUCGCCGAGGGACGCGACUUCGACUUCGACGACGGUGACCACUUGGAUUCGCCGCUCGAGAACAUCGGCACGGGAAUGAGGGACUCGUCGGUCGACGAUCGAAGCUUGUUGAGACUUUUAGACAAACGCUCGCCCAAGCCGCGAGCCCGUCGGCGAGCUUAUCGGCAGACCGCGACAGCCUCGUACGUUCGAUUUGCGACCCCUCCCCCUUCACUGACGUUUCUUCACUCGGACGUUCGCUUCAGCUUACGAACCGAUCGUCUCUCUCCCUCUCUCUCUCUCUCUCUCUCUCUCUGUCUCUCCGUCGCUGUCUAGGCAGUUCCCUUCGUUGAAAUAGGACGUCUCACGUCGAUCGGCCGGUGAAAAGGUACGUUCUCACGAUAACGCGCGAUAAGCUCCGACUGACAAGUGCACGUCAUACUGAAACAGUAUUCGUUAGUGAUAGCUGUUAGCUGGCGAGGCGCGACCUCGGGGAGCCCGAGGACCGACCACAAGUUUGCUGAAAGUGAUCUCUUCCUACAAGGUAUUAUGGAACCAAUGUCUACCGAUGUAACGAUUAGGAUAAUUUAGGACAAUUUAGAACUGCACCGCCGUACGAGCUCUCGCGUUUCCACCUCUUUAUUUCCCCUUUCGCUCUCCCCCCGCCCCCUGCCCUGUCGCCGGCGGUGAUCGUGCGAAAAUUUACCCUUUCCUGCAAUCGCUCCGUUCGUUUCCCUUUGAUAUCCUUCGCUCGAUUGUCGGCGAAGCAGACCUCGUUGGUCACUUGCCUCUCUCUCUCUCUCUCUCCCUUUUUUCUUCCUUUCUCCUUGCCUGUCCCUCUCUCUCUCUCUCUCUCUCUCUCUGUAUACGACUGACGACGUGCUUUAGCCGAGGGUACUUAUCGUCUCUUGUAUAUGGACACAGUAUUAUAUACAGUUGCGUAUGCACUCUCGCGCGUUUUAUUUAUUCGAACCGAAGCGAUCGUCCCGCUCGUCCCCGCAAUACUAAUUUACAGCGGCAUGUAAUAUGUAAGGGGCUUCGCUUUCCGGCAAGUUUUACGUGUUAUCGAUACCUGUCUCCGUUGUAAACGUCACGCGCCGAUUCGAUCGAAAUUCGCUCGCGAACGUAGGCGGAUCUAUCUUCGCCUUCUCCCUCUUUCUCGUUGCCGGCGGAGCAUAAACGGUCCGUUCGUGCCGCGAAAUCUGCUGAAUCGCGACCGGCCGAACGAUACCUUCCCUCCUGCCUCAGUAUCGCAUCGUAUCGCGAGCUCACUCGGAGAAAGAGGAAAUGAUACGCCGGUAUGAGGUCCAGAGUUCAUCCGACGUUGGCGAAGUCAUCCAUGAGAGAAACGAGGCGUACAGCGAUACUUCCGCAGCGUCUUUCCUGCGCCAAAAUAUCCCCGCUCUUGUCCGCCGUCCUCUUCUUCCCAAUCUCGCCUGCGAUCGCGAAUCGCGAGUAUACGUCGCAAGCUGCUAAGUCGGUCACAGUGUUUCUCGUUGCAUGUCCCCAAACGUGACAAAUAUUAUCGUUCGCGAUCCGCGCAUGCUCGCGCGACACGGAGCUACGUACCUAUACACAUAAGGUGUUAUAUAUGAAUAUACAAAAGGGAGGCAACAACAACAACAAAAAGCAGAGAUAUAUAUGUAUACACACAGGUAUAU